AUGAGUUCAAUAGGAGGGUGGUUCGAUGAAGCCUACAUGUCAUGGCUUCGCUCAUCCGUAAACUGCUGCUCAUCACUGCGUCAGCAGCAAGCGCCUAGAGCGCGCGGUGAAUCUAGAAGACCCAUAGGGAUCGAGCACCAUCAACCGCGCUUGAUAGCGCCGCCGAUGCCCGAGCCGCAAGAUCGGCCGUCGACGAGAGGGAGAGAAUGGGUUUCGCGAAGCAAGAGCUUCGCAUCCCGCGCAUCUAGUCGUGGAAGCUUCUCUGUGAGAAGGAAAAUCAAUGCAUAUAAUGGACCUCGCCGGCCGAGGAUGGCGAUAGGGGCGCCGACGGACUUUCAACAUCUUAAUGCUACGCCGCCGUCAAGACGAAGGGAGGGAUCUGGUGGAUUUAGGCCAUUGGAAUUGAGCAUUUAUAUGCCCCAGAAUCAGCUGUCCCCUCUAUUACCACAUUUCCGCCCAGAAGACAUAGCAUUCCCAUCCAACGACGAGAUGAAAGACCUACCACGUCCACCUACUGCCAUGACGCACUCAAGAAGUGGUUCAUCCUUGUCAUUCCAGAUACCCCGGAAACCUAUUCGUGCAAGUUCGAGGACAUCGUCAGAAUGGACUGCGCAGUUUCAACCUGGACCGGACUCUUUGACAGCACAAGAACUACUUGCGAGACUGGAUACGGAUAUGCCAAAACCUCCACCACCAGCGCGUCUUAGAGCUAUGACAGAGCCACCAACCUAUGAGAGGAUUAAGUCAGCUCUUCAUGAGAAGUUUGAAUUAGAGCAGCGCCUAAAAGAUAUCGACGAAGUAAUCGAAGAGCGGAGGAGUAUAUACUUGUCAAGCCGACCGACAAGUCGAGCAACUUCUCGUGGACGAAGCAUCUACUCCGAGUCUCAAGAACCAAUGCCGUCCACACCACCCAUUCAACCCUCGUUCGCCGAGCGCCUCGCGGACCAACGACCAAAGACUGCACCACCAAAGAACGCCGUGCACAUCCCCAGCCGGCUAAAAUCUUUCACCGAAGCCUCAGCAACCUUCUCAUCAUCAUCUUCAAUUUCCUUCCCCUCCCCACCCCCUAAAUCGCCGCUCCGAGAACUCCUGCCACCUCCACCUCUCCCACUCAUCCUCCAAACACCACACCCACCACUGCGAAAAAAGAAGUCCUUUUCCCGCGUCUCAAGCUGGCUCUCCCGCUCCCCACCCCCGUCACAAUCCGAACAUUCGCGCACCAUUUCUCUAGACAGCAUCACCAAUACGCCGAAGCUGUUGAAAGAAAGAGAGGGCUUCUACCAAUGUGUUGAAUUGAGUGGGAUAGGAGAGGAGAAUAGAAGGUAUAGCGUCAGCACUGUCAGUACGCUCGAGAGCGAGGAUGCAGAGGAUGAGCAUACGUGGACGCCGGAGAGCAGCCCGGGACGGGAAAAUAGGGAUGUGGGGAUGACGGCGAGGGGGAGUGAGGAGAAGAGUGUGGAAUUGGAACGUGUUAGGACUUUCGGAUCGCCUCCGAGGAAGAUCAUUGGGGAGGAUUGGAAGUUAAGGAUUCCUGAAAAGGGAUAUGUGCCUGGGAGGAAUAGUGUUGGUGUUGCGUUUUGA